CACGUUCGUAAACCUUUUUGAUGGUGCGCAUCUUCCGAAAUUACCUUUGACGACCAUGUUUCACUGAAUUCCUUUUGUACGCAGCCGACUUUCAAGCCGCUUUUGGUACGCGCAUCCUUACCGAAAAGGACUUUGGUUCCAUUACUUCCGAAACCAUUGACCUCAAGAACGACGGAAUGCGUGUCUACCAAGAAGCUAAAACUAUCGCUGACAAGGCUGUCUGGGAGUUGGCUCAUUUGCACCCUGACGUGGACUUCACGGUCCUCCUUCCUCCUGCCAUCUUUGGACCCCAACUCAGCCCUCUGACUUCCUCCCCAUCCAGUCUUAGCACGAACAGCUUUGUGAAGAUGCUCUUCGCCCCUGAAUAUGCUCCCAAUCCAAUUGGACAUAUGAUAGAUGUCCGUGACGCUGCUCGUGCCCACGUUCUCGCGCUCUCCACCCCACCAGUUUCCGGCCGAGACAAGAGGUUCAUUAUCAGCAAUGGUACUUUCCAGUGGAAAGAUGUCACUGCGUUGAUUCGUAGCAAGAAGCCGGAGUUGGCUUCGAGGUUGCCUAGCGAGACUUCGGUCCCUGGACCUCAGACUAGUGCGCCUAUGGACACGACAUUUGCGAAAGAGGUCUUGGGUAUGAAGAGUUACAUUCCGCAAGAGGAGACGUUCCUUGCUACUGUGGAUGUUGUGCUCGAGUGGGAGAGGAAGUUCGGGGACAAAGCUUAACCUGUUUCUUGUGUAUGUAAAGAUGUUAUCAGAAAUUAGAUUGUGAAAGUCGUUCGCCAGUUGUGUGUCGGAAAAUGCCGAACCAAUUUGCGCUCUCUUUUGUAAUACCUUUUCUCAGACUCUUAUGUCUACCCCUCCCAAAACUAGUAUUUCUGUGACCACUCAAACAAUUGAUCCUUAUACUCGGGCAUUGGUGGACCUAGUUCAACUCACCAGCCAUGAAUCCCAAGAGCUUGUCAAUGACAACCUCAUAACUAUGGUCGAAUGGGCAGCGAGAUUUGCAGCCUGC